AUGGCCGAGGCGGGGCCGCUGCCGCCCGCGGCGGUGCCCGAGGGCUCGCCCGGCGCCGAGCCCCGGAGGGUCCGCGGCGGGAGCGAGGGGUCGGGACCGUCGGAGCUGCCCGGCGGCGACACGCGGGAGCUGCUGGAGGAGGUGGAGAUGCAGAUCGGCGACGCCGCCUUCUCCCUGGCGAAGAUCCUGGAGGCGACCUCGGCCGUGUCGGCCCAGGUGGAGGAGCUGGCCACCAAGUGCUCGGAGAACGCCCGGUUCCUCAGGACGUGGCGGGACCUGCUGAGGGAGGGCUACGAGUCCCUGAAGCCCAGCGGCUGACGCUGGCCCUGCCCGCUCGUCCCGCACUGCGGCGGGGCUCUUUUCCUCCUGUAGGGAGCUCACGUGGAGUUUUGUUUGCCCCCGGAGUUCUUUCACAAAUACUUCAGGGCUCUCGUAUGAAUGUUUUAUGUUAGUCCACCGAAUAAAAAAAACUUUGUUUAGGGAAUCAGUUUUGACUUUUAGAUUCUUCGUUGAAGCUCAAGCGAUCUUAAUGCUCAGCGCUCCUUUUUUUUUCCUCUCUCUUUCGUGCUAACGUGGUAGAUACAAAGUUAGUAUGUGUGCUACGUUCAGAGCUCAUUACUGGUGUCCUAUGAUAAAGAAUUGUCAGCCCUCCUUCUUAAGAGCUGUCAGCAGCAGAAACCCUGCCAGCCCCAGAGAAACUUCAACUAACUUCAGUUUUUUUUAUGCACACUUUUUCUUCAUGUUGAGAAUGGGAUAAUGUGGCAAGUUGUGGCUUAUUUAUGAGCUGUAAAAAAUCCUAUAUCCAAAAUCUUACUAUUUUUAGCAGUAUUUCAAUGUAUGACUAUAAAGCUGCAGGUUUAUUUUUUUGCAAGAUGUUUUAUUAUUGCAAACAAUUUUAUGCUACCUUUUGUUGUAAUAAAGUGCCUUAUGGUGGACCAUAUAUCUCUACAAGGUAGAAGUUUAACAGUAUUAGAAGUUUAACAGUUUGCUGAUAAGAUAGAUUAUUUUGGACUAUAAGUAAAAGCUUCCAUUAGUUAGAAAAGAAUCUGUGACAAAUCCCGUCACUGGGGAAGCACUUCAGAGAUUUUUCAGUAUUUGGUCCUGUUUUUUAUCUUUGCCUUAAGCAGUGACUAGAUUGAUAAUAGAACCUUUUGGUCUGAAAGAUGGCUGAUUUGUAAUAAAUAGCUGUGCUGACACUCCUGUAUCUUUACCAGGCACUGUGAAAAACAGUAAUGCUGAGGUGCAAUGGCAGGCUGCAGGAGAACAUGACUCUGUCAUGACUUAUUAGCAGGCCUCAUUUUUACUUACAGGACUUUGAGAA